AUGAAGGGGAUUGCCGUUCUUUCGCUUUUGGGUGUUGCCCUAGCUCAUCCGGCGGGCCUUUGGUGGGGUACCGAUCUCUGCUACACCAGCCCGGAAAAUACCGACAAUCAGUGCUCGGAUGUUCAACAGGACGGCUUUGACUUAUCUCAGCUGCUAAACGAAGAGUUUGACUUAACUGAGCUCGGAAACCGUGACAAUUGGAGCAUGGAAGGCUUCCACGUCGCUGGGCUCAAGCCUAAGCAUGGCUGUCAAGGAUCCAGCUACGGGGGUACUUGUCUUGGUGGAAAACUUUCCCGUGACGAUGACUGGAAAAUCGAGAUUUCCGCUGACGACGCUCCGUUCUCAAUCCGAAACUUCCAUCUUUCAACUUCCCGAGACACUGAUAUCCUCAUCAUCUAUAAGAUGCCCAAUGGUGCUUCCUGUCGUCAUGUCGCUUCAAGCUCGCACGCGGGAGUUGAUGUUGGCAACGACCAGUGCGGUGGUGCCGUCUCAGUCAUUUUCACGCUUCCGGAAGAGAACAAGUUUGGAGAUUGUGAUAUCGAGAUUCAUUCCAUUGACUUUGACUGCUCCACUGGAACCAAGACGCCUCUGCCUCCUGUGCAUUGGACCAGGCCUGUUAAUCAUGAGGUUUCUACGAUCAGCCACUCCACCCAGGUGAUGACAACUUCCACUGUCUGGGCUACCCAAGAGAUCACCGUCACCAAAUGCGCACCAACCGUCACUAACUGCCCUGGUCAUUCGACUGUAUUGGUUACCUCUACAUACCCAUUGUCCACAACGGUCUGCCCAUCUACACCAGUGGAUCCAGUGACUAGAACAACAUCUGUUGUGCAUACCCAUCCCCCUAUUACGAACUCUGUCUGUACUACGACCGCUACCGCCCCCAGCCCACCGAUUGUCACCGCCCCCUGCCCCAGCGUGGUUCCCAAGUGCCUCAACACAUGGCUCUCGAUUCCCAAUUGCGACUCCAACAGUGAUGCCGCAUGCUUCUGCCCAUCGACCAAAUUUACGGAUAAAGUCAGCUCUUGCAUUCGGGCCUGGAGUGACUCCAAGCAGGAGGAAGACUCCGCCCUUGCUUACUUCGCUGGCAUUUGCGCCCCCUUCGUUCCGAACAAUCCUGCUAUUGUUGAAAUCGCUUCAACUCGCACGACCACUUUCACUUUCACUCCAGCCCACGAUCCUAGCACUACCGUUCCUCGAAUCACUGGCUCUACACGUACACAUGUUGAGUCUGUUGGUGUAGUCACAUCUGUCGCCCAGACUCCUCGUACCACCAUCAGUUGGGCCUCUCAUACGGCAACUGUCCCCUACGUCGGGUUCAACACAGUCACUUGUGACUCUACCACCUCUGUGAAUCUGGUGGUUGUUACUACCAGGCCUCCUCAUAAGACCAGUCAUGUGCGCGUGUCGACCCCGACGAUGACGACUAGCUGCUCAACCACCACCCCUGUCCAUACAACAACUGUCCCUAAGACCACUAUCCCCAAGCCGACGAAUGUUUUCACGCCAGCCAAGCCUACAGCAACCAAGCCAGCUGAAACUGUCGUUUUCGGCAAUGUUGGAUCGAAGUUACCUUUGUCUAGUUUCUGGGCUUUCGGUCUUGUCAUUUUGGCUCUCCUCUUUUAA